AUGGAGCCUCCCCAGGAGGGCGCAGUGGUGACCAACCUUUCUUUCUACCAGCCUUCAGUUCUCCUCAUGAUCGGAAUUCCCGGAAUGGGCCGGCUCCACCACAGGUUGCUCUCCAUCCUCUUCUGCUCGUUUUACCUGGUUGCUUUCUCGGGCAACUGCACCAUCCUCUUCAUCAUCAAGAGGACGUCGAGCCUCCGUGAGCCGAUGCACCACUUCCUGUCCAUGCUGGCCGUUGUGGAUCUGGCCAUGGCCAUGUGCACCCUCCCCACGACCCUGGGCAUCUUCUGGUUUGACAUCCGGGCCAUCGGAUUCGAUGCCUGCCUCGCCCAGAUGUAUUUCAUCCACAUCUUCUCCGUGCUGGAGUCCUCUGUGCUGUUGGCCAUGGCCUUCGACCGCUUUGUCGCCAUCUCGCGGCCGCUGAGGUACAAAGCCAUCCUGACCAGGGCCACCGUCGUCAAGAUCGGCCUGGCCAUGUUGGUCAGAGCAGCCGUCUCCCUCCUGCCGAUCCCGUUCUUACUCAAGAGGCUGUCGUACUGCCCCAACAACCGCCUCUCUCACUCCUUUUGCGUCCACCCAGAUGUGAUGAAGUUGGCCUGUGCAGAAGACAUCACUGUGAACGUCCUGUACGGCUUAGUGGUCAUCUUCUCUACGGUGGGCAUUGAUUUCAUCUUCAUUGUGCUCUCUUACGCCCUGAUUGUCAGGACCAUUGCGAGCCUGGGGGUCAAAGGAAAGUGUUGGAAGACGCUGAACACCUGCGUCUCCCACAUCUCGGUCGUAUUCAUUUUCUUCAUCCCCAUGAUCGCCCUGUCCAUCAUUCACCGAUUUGGCAAGAAUGCCCCACCUAUUGUGAGCACUGUGGUUGCCGACGUCUACCUCAUCGUGCCCCCUGCUUUGAAUCCCAUCAUAUAUAGUAUCAAAUCCAAGCCAAUUCGGAAAGCUAUCUGGAGAACGCUGUUUUGGAAGAUAGAUAUGAUCAGAAACAGGGAUAGUAUUUCUCUCCAGGAAGUCUGA